AUGGAACUUGAGAAGAACACCAUUUCAGUGGAUUCUAUUUCUCUCGAAAAAGAAGAAGAGAACGAAAAGCCAAAACUUAUCCAACCACAAUAUCAAACUGACUCUUUUAUUGAUGUAAACAUUCAGAAUAUAACAGACGGACAACACGAGAUGUCUAUCGAAAAGAUUCAAAGUGUGCAAGACAACAGUUUCAAAGACAGUGAAGAGAAAGUCGAGGCUCUGAGUAUCAGGACUGAUAUUCAAACGACAAUCAAAGACCAAUUCACUCAUUUAAUUGACGCAGACAACAAAAAAAUCAAAGAAGAAAAGAAACCCCAUAAAGAAGAGAAGAGUCCACUUGCCAAAGAAGACAAGGCUUACAGGGAGAUGGUGCGGAAGGCAAAACUUCAAACGCGCAAAUUGCUAGUUGGGCGGUGUUCGAGAUGUGGGAGUAUUGGGCACACUGCCUUGAAGUGUAAGAAUGCUCCUCGAUUCAUCAAUGACAUUCUCGACGAAAUUAAAGAGCAAAAUCAUCAGAAUGUGUGGUAUGAUCCAAAGUCGUCCUUAUCUCGAACUAAUCAAAAACUUCGAUACGUCGCCUCCAAAAAGUCGACGCGGAAUUUUCAUCAACAACAACAGCCAGAGAAGAAGCUGUUUUGUAGUAUGUGUAAAGAGUUCGGACAUACCUCGACUGACUGCUAUAACUAUUUUUGA